CAUUGUUUACAGUAUAAUCGGUGCACAGUAUGAUGCCCUUUUACAUGUGGCGUGCUGAGCAACAGAGAACAAUGAGCAACCCAGAGCAGCAGCUUCACAAGGCUGUGAGAGAAAAUAACCAGACAGAAGUAGAAACUUUAAUCAACCAAGGGGUCAGCAUUGACUGCCUCUUUUACAAUUGGACUCCCCUAAUUUUAGCUGUACAACAAGGGCAUGACCAGCUGGCACUUUGGCUGAUUGACAAAGGAUGCAACAUCCAUUACAAGGAUGAAAAAGGAGAGUCAGCUUUUGAAGAAGCAGUAAUAAACAACAGGUUGGAGGUGAUAAAAUCUCUGGCCCAGCAUGGCAUUGAUGUCAACCAGAAUUUGAUAUCACAACAGAGUGCACUGUGUUUUGCUGCAGAAAAAGACUUAAGGGACAUGGCAAAGAUACUGAUUAAUAACAAAGCAGAUAUGUUCCUGUGUAAUAAACAGGGAGAGACUCCACUUCAUAUCAGCAUUAGAAACGGGUAUGGCCAGAUGGUCAAGCUUCUGGUCGAUGCCCCCCAGGGGCCACAGUUAGUGGACAGGGCAGUGGCAGAUAGCAGCAAGCUCUCACCACUUAUGCUGGCCAUUAUUAAUGAAGAACACAAUAUUGCUCAGGUGCUAAUCAAGGCAAAAUGCAGUUUGAAUGCACAAGACAGUGAUGGGUGGACAGCUCUAAUGCAUGCUGUGAGUCAUAAUAGUGAGGAUAUGGUCAGAUUGCUGCUCAAAUCCAGGGCAGACACCAGGGUCUGCAACAACGAAGGCAGGACUGCCCUACAAGAGGCAGAAGAAAAUGAGGAGGAUGAAAUCAUUGACUUAUUAAAGAAUCAUCGAUAGUGCACCCCAAGCCUGGUCCACUCUUGAAAACAGUUGUCAUAAGGGGUCAUUCUGGCAAUUUUUUAAUUUUGAAAACUUAACUAUAAAACGUUUUUAAAAAUUUAUUAUUAUGCUGUUCAAAUGCCAAAACUAAAUAAGUCUUUUUGCAACUUUAUAUGUACCUACAUAUAAAAUACAUACCAAAGAAUAAUGGGCAUAACUUGUGCUGUGGAUUAUUGGAUUAUUUUUUAUUUAAAUAAGUUAACUACAUUUUAUUAUUUUUUCUUUUCACUUC